CGUAACUACAGAAGCACCGCCAAAGACAGAGACACAGAGAGAGAGAGAGAGAGAGAGAGAGUGGUAUUCCAAAGUAAUCGGAAAGGCAAUCAUCCGAAAACUUUCACCCCACGCCGGCCAAAGGAUUUGAGGUUAGUGAUUGGGUAUUGCUGGAUUUGUGGUGGGAUAUUGAAUUUGUCGAUUGAAAAUAUUUCAUUUUUAAGAUGGAGGGCAGUCUUGCUGAAGAGCUUUACUCAGAAAGUUUGAAGCUAUCAAAGAAAGACUUGGGUUCUUCUUCAACCUCCAUUAGUAAAGCAAGUGAUUCACGUGACUGUGAUGUGGAUGACUUGCAGCAUGAAGUUGGAUUGAUGUGGGAAAAUUCUGGGGAGGAAUUCGACGAAUCAUCUGAGUUGGACAGGGAAUGGCAGAGGAGACGUGAGCAGUAUCAUACACAUGGGUAUCGUGAAGGUAUCUCUGCAGGGAAAGAAGCUUCUGCACAAGAAGGGUUUAAUAUUGGCUUUAAGCAAUCAGUCCUUGUCGGGUACAACUGGGGCAUUGUUAGAGGUGUUACCAGUGCAUUGGCUUCCCUUCCAGAUGGGUUAAAGGAACGGUUAAUUGAAACCCAAGAAAAGAGAGAUGAAUUCAGGGUCUUGUAUGAAUCUGUUCACUCUAUUUCGACGGUGGAUGCUCUUCGGCUGUUUAAUGAUGAUCUCGUGGCAAAAAAGGCCCUAGAAGGAAGUGAAAAUUCUGAGGCUAGUUCUCGUUUACCAAGUCUGCAGGAGCAAAGUUCAGGCUCUAAUCGUCUGGAAAAUUACUUCGUAGAGCUCCAAUCACUUCUUUCAGACUGUCCAGCACUCGAUGUACAUUUUCCUGUCAACCAGUAGAUGCUAUUGUAACUUUUAUAUCAUUAAUUAUUUCAGUCUAAACAAAAAUUGGAGGAAAAAAUAUCUGAUACUCUGGCACCAUUUAUUGUUGAACUCAUGUUAUUGAAUAAAUUAUAUUUCAAUAUAGUA